AUGGCUGCUGCCGGCAACCCCAGAACUUGGAUUCCAUAUAUGAACAGCAAAGACUGUUCAGAAGGAUUUUGCAGCUUGUAUUGUCCACAGUGGUGUUACAUAGUGUAUCCUCCUCCUCCACCCUUUGAGUACCCUGAUGAUGAUUCAAGUCCAAAUUUCUCCCCUCUUGUCAUUGCAAUCAUUGGGAUCUUGGCCACUGCUUUCCUUCUGGUGAGUUACUACACUCUAAUAUCCAAGUACUGCAGCCCCAGAGAGUCUGCACGCAGAGACCCAAAUGAUGAGUUGCAAGGCACUCACAAUCCCUCUCUCCACGAACCAUGGAAUGCUUCAACCACAGGCCUUGACGAGGCUCUGAUCAAAUCCAUUGCAGUUUUCAAGUACAAGAAAGGGGUUGGUGGUUCCGUUGGAGUCACGGAUUGUUCAGUUUGCCUCAGCGAGUUUGAAGACGAUGAAAGUGUUAGAUUCUUGCCAAAGUGCAGCCACGUUUUCCAUGUCCCUUGCAUUGACACGUGGCUCAAGUCUCACUCUAGCUGCCCCUUGUGUCGUGCUGCCAUAUUCACUUUCAACGCUUCUGUUCCUCGGGCUCAUACCCCAGAGGAAGAGAUGCCUUCUUCAAGGAAUAAUGAAACUUCUUCCGAGAAUGAAAGUGUUGGAAGUGGCAAUGAGUAUGGAGUGGAAGAAGAAAGCAUACACCAUGCUAGGGCUUAUCCAAAGCCUGCAUUGCGUGCUUUCAGUGACUUAAGUAGCUUUGAGGGCAGGCACAGAGUGAUUGAGAUAAGAGAUGAAGUGAGUGAAUCCGUUGGUAGGUCAGUGUCUAUGGACCAUUCGUUUCAAAGUGGUGUUUCUGUUGCUGAUGUGUUGCAAAUGCAUGAAGAGGAAGAUUCCCAAGUGGAAGGGUGUUCUACUAAUGAACCUGGUCCUUCAAAGAGAUCACACAGAGAGAGCUACAGAACAAGGGUGUUGCAUUGUGUUUUGAGUCCAAUUGCAAUGAAGAGAUCGUUUCCCAGUGACAGAUAUUCAGUCAGCAAAAGUGGCAGAGCAAGGCAGAGAACUAUACCCAUCUGA